AUGGACCCCAACAGCCACAGAUACAAGACAAAUCUGGGUGGGAGCGCCGCCCUUCGGCAUUCUCCGGCUCUUUCCGGAGUGUGGACUCGGCUCGGCUCGGAUCAGACUGCUUUAUGUCUGGCUCACGGACCAUGCGCGGUCGCCAUGUUACAGCCUCCUCCUCCUGAACCCGUCACAGACACAGCACCUAAAGGAGCAGCUCCUGAGGACCAGUGA